AUGGAGGCGGCGAGAUCCUUCAUUCGCGAAUGUGUUUCUGCCGGAAAGCCUACGUUGAUUGUCCCGGACAAGGACGCCGACGGCCUCACAUCUGGGGUUAUCUUGGAGCGAACUCUUGUUCUUCUUGGCCUAGAUCCAUCUCUCAUCACUGCGUACUUGCCCCCAAAGGGCCAUAACAUCCACGACGAAGCGAGCCGGGCAGAGAUGACUUCUCUCAAGCCCACCUACAUCUUCAUCCUAGACCAAGGCUCUCGUUCUUCACCACCUCUCAUCGACGACCCCCAUCGCGGCCUCCACAAGAGCGUGCGAGAAGCAUGUGACUGGCUUUGCGUCAUGGGAACUCAUGGAGACUUGGGAAAUACCUUAAAAUGGGAGCCUCCGUUUCCCGACAUGAAGUUCACGUUCAAAACGUACACCAAAAAGGCUCUCAACGACGCCGUGUCACUCAUCAAUGCCCCGAGACGAACUGCCUCGUAUGACGUUCCUUCGGCUUGGAAAGCCCUCCGUGCAUCAAAUUCUCCAAAAGAGCUGCUGAGCAACAGGUCCCUGCUGGCCGCCAGAGCAGAGGUUAACGCCGAGGUCGAACGCUGCACCCACACGCCACCCAAAUUUUCUGCCGACGGCCGUAUCGCCGUCUUCCGCAUCAACUCAAAAGCCCAAGUCCACCCCGUCAUCGCCACACGCUGGGCGGGCCAUCUAUCAUCAUCCAAGCUUGAGGUUGUGUUGGUUGCCAACGAAGGCUAUUUGCCCGACAUGGUCAACUUUUCAUGCCGUGUCCCUCGGUGUGCUCGAGCCAAGGAGCCGCCAGUGAAUAUCAUUGAGGUUUUGCAGAAUGUCGCUGCUCGCGCCGAGGAUACGACUUUGAGGGAGCGGUUGGGCGACUCGUUUGCGAGGGGUCAUAAAGAAGCUAGCGGCGGGAUUGUUCCAAAAGAUGAGUUUGAGGAGUUGAUGGCUGUCUUGGAAAUUGGCAAAAUAGUUGAAAGAGAAUCCCCGAAAAAGGGGCAGAAGCCAGGGCAGGCGAACACGUUGUUGAACUAUUUUGGGAAGAGUGAGAUAUAA